AAGGAAGAAACAGGGCCAAGCAAUUUUAGUCAUUUUGCCUAGAAGGUGAAUGUAUUAGUGUGGCUACAACAAACGAAACCAAAUUGAUCUAAUACUGAAACGUUACUGUUAAGGCAUUUACAACUAUGAGUUCAUCGGCAGGCUUCUCCCUCGAUGAUAUCUUGAUGAAAUUGUCAUUGAAACAAGAGAUUGGAAAGGAGCCCAAAGUGGAAGAUCUCGUUGUGAAAUUGAGAAAACUACAGCAAGCUAAAAUAACUCUGGAAGAGGAACUGUGGGAGAUGCAAAAAAACAAAGGAGAAUUAGAACAAGAAGAAGAGGCCUUGUGCUCAGAGGCCUUUCAGCUUGAUGUGAUCCUUAAAGAGAAGGAAGAGGCACAUAGAGUACUGCAGUUCAAAUGUGAAGAACUGGACCAGGAGUCACAGAGAAAGCUGGAGCAGAACAAGCAGAAAGAGGAACUUGUGGAACAGUACCGAUACCGGAUACAAGAAGCCUCACUCAAACACCGCAAAACAAGGAUGAAGUUUGAGAAUCAACUGCAGCAGUUAAUGGUUCAACACAAAAGUCUCUUCUCUAUGUUUACACCCCAGAGACUUCCAGCAGAGAUCCUCACUGCAGAAAAUGCUACAGCUCAGCUCCUUAAAGCUGAGAAACACAGGAUGGAGCAGUUGGCUCAACAGCAGGAGGAACUGAGUGACAUCUGUAAUGGAGCCCUGCCUAGAGAUAAUGAGUUGCUUACCACAGCGGUGUGAGUCUCCGAACACACACCAACACACCAUCACAGUGUGCGAUGCGUUUACUGACAUAUAUUGAUGACUCCUCCAGUGAAUGUUGGAGAUGAGCCACCAUGAUUAUACACCCAGGGUCCCUGCAGUGUCCUUGCCAUAGACAUUUUUCACUGUUGUUCACUUAAGUUCACUUAUGUACAUUGUAAUGUUGGUUAUGUUUGAUCAUUUAUUCUAAAAAAACAAAACUGUAAUACAACAGUCAUAAUGAAAUUA